AUGGUGGAUAACAGUGUUAGGCCGAAUCGAGUAUGCUCUGAUCUUUGUGGCGCGGAUGCCAUGCACCAUCAGGCAUGUAGCGUUAACUUUCGCACUGGAAAACAGAUCCCGCAUAAAUAUGUCGCUAACAACACUCCCAACAAAACAAAGAGGUUACCGAAAGGAAGGCCAGAAGACGUUGCUAAAAACACAGCAUUUUUGAAAGUUGCUCAUUUUGUCGAGGAAAAUGAUGAGAAGAUGGAAGAAUUUCUCCAAAAUUCAGAGGAACAAGCUUAUAGUGGUGUGUACAUGAAAAAGAAGUUGCGAGAUCAUUUUGGUGAUAGAAUUGUGAUGACUACAACAAAGAAGCAGGCUAAUAUAGUCACUCUCCAAAGUAGAGCGUCUUCAAUAAUCAACGAGUUCUAUUCCCAACCAAAAAAGGAAGAUUGUGAGGCAGAGAAGACCAAAAUCAUUAAAGCUGCAGCAAAUCUAAUGAAGAGUGAUUUUAAAAAAAUAGAUGUCACAAGUGAAAAUUAUCCAUCCAGUGUCAAGAUGUCUUCUAUUCAGUCAGCUUUAGACUUUGGCCUUGAUCUCCUGGAGCUUUUCUUGAGAACUCUUUUUGUAGGCAAGGAUGUUGACUGAAAGGUUGCUUCAAUUGGCCAAGCGAUUAUGCAAGCAGUUAGACCAAGAGUACUAUUAGCACCUCUUCAUCUUGGACUCGGUAUACAGAUGCAUCAUCAUUUCGGAUCUAAAUUCCUAAUCGAUUCACUUCAUGCCCAUGGAUUCUGCUCGUCGUAUGCCACGGUAUUGCAAUACGAGCGAAAUGCAGCCGUAGCUCAAGGUACGGACUUGCCAGGUCAUAUCUCAGAUCAGUUCAUUCAGUACGUAGCGGAUAACGUAGACCACAACACAAGACCUUUGGACGGAAAAGGAACAUUUCAUGGAAGGGGUAUCAUUGCAACAAUUACUCCUGGUGGAAGAAUAAGCAAGUUAGUACCAAAGAAAGAUGUGUCUCCCGAGGAAUUGGCUGCAGCCGGAGAAACAAAUAUUUGUCAUUACAGAAAUCAAGCAGGACACACCACACCGCUGUUUUACAAAGAGUUGAAGGAUUUGAGAAUAGAAGAUGCCUCAGCAAAUCUCGACCUUAUUUGGAAGAUGACUCCUGGCUGGUUGGGGUUCAUGCAAAUGGUUUGUGAAGGGCAUUACCCUGGCCAGUCAAAGAUCGCUUUUCUUUCAGUGAUAGACUUGCAACCCACCGUUAUGACGUGCGUGUAUUCCACACUUUCAUUCAUAUGUGACCACGCAAAGCGUUACAGUGUGACACCAAUUGUAACAUUUGAUCAGCCCCUUUGGUGGAAGGCAAUGAUCAUCGUCACAAAUGAGCCUGAAACUAGUGACCUUAAGUUGGCUGUUCUGAGGUUAGGAGGUCUGCAUAUUGAAAUGAGCUUUCUUGGCUGUAUUGGGCACGUAAUGUCGGGUUCUGGUUUGAAAGAGGUUCUUGAAUUAGUGUACGCAACGAAUGCAGUGGGUCAUAUGCUAAGUGGUAAAGCAUUGGCCAGAGCAGUCAGAGGUCACAUUUUAGUUGAUUCCGUUCUUAAUGCAUUGUUAGUGAAUAUAACGUUUGGUAGUCCCUUACCAGCGACUAUAGGACUAGACACUGAAACAGGUGUUAAUCUUGGGGAUAAAGAAGGAGAACUGAAUGCGUCUGAUGUACAAGCUGCUGAUCAGGACCUCAAAAAGGUAGAGGAAUUGUACAAAGAACUCGUCAAGGACACUACGAAGGCAAAGCAGGUUGGAUCCACUGAAGUUCUUCUAAAGGUUGCAGAAAAGCUAGAAAGCAAGAGAGUCUCCAUGCACAAUCAGCGGACAGCCACUAUGUGGAUCCAAUACAUGAAUAUGGUAGACACAUUGCGCACCUUUAUUAAAGCUGAACGGACAGGCAAUUGGAAUCUUCAUCUCCAAACAGUCCGCGAAAUGCUGCUCUAUUUUGCAGCUGCAGGUCACAAUCAAAUCAAGAUUCUUUUUCCAGGUUAGGAGCUAAACUUUUGAACGCAAUUCCUAACGAAUUUCGUCAACUCUCCAGAGGAGCUUUUAAAAAAAAUUUCAUGACUUUUUGCUCUCGAUAAUGGAAGCAGAGGACGAUUAUGUUGAAGUGCCCAUUCUACAAAAAAUGCCAAAUUCUGCAUCCUCGACUCAAUAUACUAAUAAUCGAUAGGUUUCUGUUAGUAGUAACUUUGAUUGUAAUAUCAUUCUGUAAGACUAUAUACUUUGUAACUUUAGCUUGUUUUUCUGUAAUUCUUAUUUAUCGACAUAGUUUAUUUAGUUACUUUACAAUUAUUAUAUUAUCUGUUAUGACUGCUGUAACCUUUCCUCUCCGCCCGCCUCGUCUAGCUUUUGCUAUUUGCGGGUGGAGAUGGCAAAAUGAUGUGCAUGAAAUAAAGUAUAGUGUGUGUGUGUGUGUGUGUAUAAUUACGUGAAAUCCGCAUACCUUUAUUUACAACUUAAGUGUGACCUCCACAAAACACACCCCGAUGUGCAUAAGAGUUUUCAAGAUGGCCUGCAUGUUGUGCGCAAAAGUGAUCGUUACUGGUCUCGCCUUUCUACUGACUUGGUUAUAGAGCAGGUCCUUAUGCGUAGUUUAAAGGCAAGUGGUGGGCUUACCCGAGGUCGAGGGAUGACCGAAGCACAACGUUUGGCUUGGGUGAUGUCCAUGCCUGCGUGUGCAGAGGUUAACAGUGCCAUGCAAAAUCCAACUGACAUUGUAAACAAUACAAGUGAGCAGCACAAGGAAGCAACGAAAGCGAGACAGGAACGCGGCCAUAAAGAUGCUCAUGAGAUCGUUACUUUUCUCUCUCUGAGAAAUCGGUUCAGAGCAGAUCCAUCAUUACGCAGCAUCACGACCGGCAUUGUAGCAGAGGAUAACGUUAACGCUGAUAAAGCGAAGGAAGUUGGAGAGAAAAUACUAAGUUCGUUAAGAGGCAAGAAUGUUUAUGAUCAUUCCUUUCGAAGAAAAGAUCAGGUAGUUACAAUGGCCUCAAAAGCAGCUGUGAAGUUUGAUGAUGGCAAAAUCCAGGUGGACCCUCAGCUAUUGUUUCAGAGACUUAGUAUUAUUGCCACUGGAGGACGGUUCGACAAUCCUAAGUCACUAUUUAAGUACGAGAUGUGCAGCUACGCGCAUGCCCUAUUCGAUACGUCUCUACUACCCAGAAAAGCGAACAAACCAGUCUUAGUAGAUGCCAUCUGGACUGAUGUUAAAAUACGUCCACUGAAGUUACAGGAAACGUUCGUUUUGUUCUUGAUGGAGGUGCCCUUAUUCAUCGUGUCUCAUGGCAUCGCAUUUUUACAUACGACGCCAUUUAUUCCGUUUAUAUUCAGUGCGUUAUCCAAAGGUAUGGAAAGGCCACGGUCGUAUUCGAUGGAUAUAAGAAUGGGGCAUCCACCAAUGAUUGUACUCACCAAAGGCGUACAAGUUUAUCCCACGCCAACAGUUGCUUUUGAUAGUAGCAUGGUUGCUAAGGUAAAGAAAGAGGAAUUUCUUGCUAGCAAGGUGAACAAGCAAAAGUUUAUUCUUCAUCUAGGAGAAAGAUUGCAACAGUCGGGAUGUACGGUUAACCGCGCCGCAGGGGAUGCAGGUCUUCUCAUUGCCCAGACCGCCAUUCAGUCUGCGAGAUCACUUUCGACCGUUCUUGUCGGUGAUGAUACUGACCUCCUGGUGCUACGUUGCUUCUAUGCGGAAAUGGAUGCGCACGAUUUGUUCUUCAGGCCCGAGCCCAAGCAAAGUUCCAAGACGAAGAGGGUAUGGAACAUCAUAGAGACAAAACUUGCUUGGCCCCUCCGUUUGCAAAAACACUUUGUUUGUUCAGGCAUUGCUUGGAUGCGACACGACUUCUAG